GCUUCCGGGCGGCGUUCUGUGGCAACAUGGCAGCCUUCGGUAAAGUAGGCACUUUCCUUAAAAACGCCUGGGCGAAAGAGCCAGUUAUAACGGUUUCGGCAGCCAUUGGAAUUUUGGCUGUGGCCGUUCCGCUUGUAAGUCCCUACACAAAGUAUACUGCAUUGUUGAAUCAAUCCACGCCUUACAAUUACCCAGUUCCAGUUCGAGAUGAUGGAAACAUGCCAGAUGUCCCCGGUCAUCCCACUGAAAAACUUGGGCCUAACUUGGAUUGGUUUAAGAACAUGUAAUUUUAAGGAAAACUUUAGCUGCUGAUGAACAUUCAACUUUCUGGCUACUUAUAGUCGUGUUCACACCAUUAUGUAUCCUGUAUAAAUAUGAAUAAAUUACCCUGUAUGGAAAGGUUACAGCUAAAUUAAUCCUCUGCUGUAUUUUGCCAAUAAAACCUUAUAUUUAU